GACUCGACAACAUAAAUUUCCUGGUCUUUAUUCCAUUGAUCAAGCAUUUUAUUUUCUUCUCUUUCUUGCUUUGAGAGUAAUGGAACGUCGGGUUCUUGAUGGAAUCAUCAAUAGGCUGCUUCAGGUGAGAGGGAGACCUGGGAAAGAGGUGCAGCUUUUAGAGGCAGAAAUCAGGCAGCUUUGUUUGGUCUCCAGAGAUGUCUUUUUGAAGCAGCCCAAUUUGUUGGAACUAGAGGCACCAAUUAAGAUAUGUGGAGACAUUCAUGGUCAAUAUUCUGACCUUCUGAGACUUUUUGAGCAUGGUGGAUUCCCUCCUCGCUCCAACUACUUAUUCUUAGGGGACUACGUGGAUCGUGGAAAGCAAAGCCUUGAGACAAUAUGUCUUCUUUUGGCCUACAAGAUAAAGUACCCUGAGAACUUUUUCAUUCUUAGGGGAAACCAUGAAUGUGCUUCCAUAAACCGUGUCUAUGGCUUCUAUGAUGAAUGCAAACGAAGAUUCAAUGUGAGGCUAUGGAAAAUGUUUGCAGAUUGUUUCAACUGUUUGCCUGUGGCAGCUAUCAUUGAUGAAAAAAUAUUCUGCAUGCAUGGUGGACUCUCUCCUGAAUUGCACAGUCUAAGUCAGAUACGUAGUUUGCCACGUCCAUUUGAAGUACCUGAAAGUGGUCUACUGUGUGAUCUCUUGUGGUCUGAUCCUAGUAAACACAUUCUGGGUUGGGGAGAGAAUGAACGUGGAGUUUCAUAUACUUUUGGUGCUAGCGUGGUCACAGAAUUUCUGGGGAAGCAUGACCUUGACUUGAUUUGUAGAGCACACCAGGUUGUUGAAGAUGGAUAUGAAUUUUUCGCCAAUAGGCAACUUGUGACUAUCUUUUCUGCACCUAACUACUGUGGAGAGUUUGAUAAUGCUGGAGCAAUGAUGAGUGUUGAUGAGACACUUAUGUGCUCUUUUCAGAUAUUAAGGCCUGACAGAAAGCCUAAGUUUGGUUUUGGGAGCAAAAUUACAUUCAAGGAAAGAUUAUUGGCAUACAAUUUGCGGUAGGGAAUGGUGGGAGUGAUUUCUGGGCAUAAUCAGAACUAAAUGUUUUAAGCCUUAAAGGAGCAGUUCUCUGAUUUGUACCUUACCAUGUUAAUAUUGUUAUUCUGCAAACUAGAAAGUGAUUCUGAAAUUAAAGAUUCUGUAAAGAAAAUGUAUCUGAAUUGUCCUCAUGUAUAUGAUAUAUGCAUAAUAAAGUUCCCGAAUCAGUUAUACAAAAGGCAUCUUAAAUUGUGAUAUUGAACAUUUAAAUUGUACAAUGGGUCUUUGAUUCAUUAUGCAUGUCUGAGUAUGAUGUUCCCCAAUCUAUAAUUAAGCAUGGUUGCAUCUUCAAGAUAUGAAUGAAAAUUAUUUGCUUUUUGUUCAAUCUGAAAGUUAAUCCUUGCUUGUUUAAAUUUCAUUUCUAUUUUCAGUUAAUUAGUCCAUUAUUAAUGGUGGAACUUAUAAGGAGGGAAGUCAUAACCUACAAAUUUUUUCUUGUCCUUUUAAAUAGUAUACCUUUUUAAUA